AUGGAGGAGGAUGGGUAUUGGUGCCAAAUGCCUGUAGCUGAAGAUAGAAUUCACAGGCCUUCACCUGUGCUGCACGAAGGAAAUUGCAGCUUGGAAUACAAUUGGCUUGGGAUCAACGCAGCUCGGAAGGUGACAAGGCGUGACCCUUCUAUCACCCCUCCAUCUGCUAGGGCUCUUGAACAAAUCGUUGCAGCUGCAGCUGCUGUCAAAGCUGGAGUUUUUGCUAUUAACUCCGAGCACAACGCUGAGCCGUCAACUUCAAUUGUUGGGCCGAAUGUGCUCACAGCUUCAGACGAAGAGUUGCUAAGGAGUUCGUCUGAAGAAGAAGAAGAAAACAAGGACGCCGAAAAAGCUAAGCCCUCCUCUUCAUACGACUCUUCAGAGAAAGAAAUGGCAGGUCCUGGAAGGAGGAGAUUGAGAAGAGUUGUUGUUGAUCCGGGAGAAUUCCCGGAGGAGGAAGUGCAGCAAAGGACUCCUCCUGUCCUGACAGAGUCUCCUCGACAUACAGCCGAGGAUUUCACAGCUGAAAUCCAAAGAGAAAUUGAUGCCCUCAUCGUGCAGCACUCCAAGGACGAUGAUGUGCAAAUUUUGUCAAGGAGACCUGAUGAUUUUAAGGAGGUUGAUGAAAGAGUUGAGGGUCCCAGAUCGUUUGACAUUCCAUCAUCUGCUGGGCACUCUUUCAAAACCUUCCAAUCCGGAGAGAUGGGUUUUGAGGCUACCCCUAUGAUAGUGGUCCCUGAAGCUAUCAAGGAUAGCUUGCACCUUCACCGAGACUCAUCCAUUGAACUCUUUGGUGACUUGUCCAGCGUUUCUGAGCUGGAGAGAGUUGAGAGAUGGUCAAUUCGCGCUGCUGCGGGAGUGACUGAACCUUUGGUUGUUCACAACAAUGUGUUGGCUGCUGGCCUAAACGAAGAGAUAAGGCUCAAGGCAGAGGAAGCUGAGAACCGGGCUCGGCUGUAUGAGCUGAAAUGUAAAAAAGCAGAGGAAGAAUCUUCUGCCAACCUUUCUCGGAUGAAGGAGGAGUACGGCGCUGUUGACAUUUUGAGUUUCAAAGCUCGGAUUGAGGAGAAGAUGAAGAUAGAGGCAAAAACUCGGCAAGCUCUGGCCGAGGAUCUGGAGAUGGAGCGGGCAAAUCAUGAGGCUGAGACUCAGCGGCUUAUCAGCCAUCUGGAUGCUAAGGACUCUGACCUGUCUUCAAUGAGUUCUGGUCUGCAAGAGCUGAAAGAUCAGCUGGCGGCGCAGAUUGAGGAAGAUGCCAAGGCCAAAGAAGAGGCUGAAAAAGCUAAGGCAUAUCUCUCGGCUGCCAAUGAUUUGCUGAAGGUCGAGGAAUGGGCGGCGGUCCUUAACCAUCCGAAGAUGCGGGUCGCCCAUCCAGCUGAAGAUACGUACCUUGUCCGCCUCGCUGAAGCUGAAGCCGAGGAAGAUGGGGCUGAAGAUGGGGAUGCGGCUAGAGAGAUUGACAUUGUUCACCCUGUCUCAUCUUCUGCUGUUGAGACCUUGAAAGCUCCAAACUCUGAUCCAGCCAAUGCCGAAGCAUAG